UCCAGAAGAACAGCUGUCGAACCUCACCGUCACCAACAUCGGGGAGACCUCCCUCACCGGCACCGACACCGGGGAGACCUCCCUCACCGUCAUCGAUACCGGGGAGACCUCCCUCACAGUCACCGACACCGGGGAGACCUCCCUCACCGCCACCGAUACCGGAGAGACCUCCCUCACCGUCAUCGAUACCGGGCAGACCUCCCUCACAGUCACCGAUACCGGGGAGACCUCCCUCACCGUCACCGAUACCGGGGAGACCUCCCUCACCGUCAUCGACACCGGGGAGACCUCCCUCACCAUCACCGAUACCGGGGAGACCUCCCUCACUGUCACCGACACCGGGGAGACCUCCCUCACCAUCACCGAUACCGGGGAGACCUCCCUCACCGUCAUCGAUACCGGGGAGACCUCCCUCACCGUCACCGAUACCGGGGAGACCUCCCUCACUGUCACCGACACCGGGGAGACCUCCCUCACCGGCACCAACACCGGGGAGACCACCCUCACUAUGUUAUACGGGAAUACAGGAGUGUGGGAAUAUGGGGAACCGGGAUUAAGGAAUAUUCCAGAAGAACAGCUGUCGAACCUCACCGGCACCAACACCGGAGCGACCUCCCUCACCGUCACCAACACCGGGGAGACCUCCCUCACCGUCACCGACACCGGGGAGACCUCCCUCACUGUCACCAACACCGGGGUGACCUCCCUCACCGUCACCAACACCGGGGAGACCUCCCUCACCGCCACCGACACCGGGGAGACCUCCCUCACCGUCACCGAUACCGGGGAGACCUCCCUCACCGUCACCGACACCGGGGAGACCUCCCUCACCGUCACCAACAUCGGGGAGACCUCCCUCACCGCCACCGACACCGGGGAGACCUCCCUCACCGUCACCGAUACCGGGGAGACCUCCCUCACCACCUCCCUCACCGUCACUGAUACCGGGGAGACCUCCCUCACCGUCACCGAUAUCGGGGAGACCUCCCUCACCGUCACCGACACCGGGGAGACCUCCCUCACCGUCACCGAUAUCGGGGAGACCUCCCUCACUGUCACCGAUACCGGGGAGACCUCCCUCACCGUCACCGAUAUCGGGGAGACCUCCCUCACUCUCAUCGAUACCGGGGAGACCUCCCUCACCUUCACCGAUAUCGGAGAGACCUCCCUCACCGUCACCGACACCGGGGAGACCUCCCUCACCGUCCCCGAUACCGGGGAGACCUCCCUCACUGUCACCGAUGCCGGGGAGACCUCCCUCACCGUCACCGAUACCGGGGAGACCUCCUUCACCGUCACCGAUAUCGGGGAGACCUCCCUCACCGUCACCGACACCGGGGAAACACCCCUCUCCAUCACCGAUACCGGGGAGACCUCCCUUACUGUCACCGAUACCGGGGAGACCUCCCUCACCUUCACCGAUAUCGGAGCGACCUCCCUCACCGUCACCGACACCGGGGAGACCUCCCUCACCUUCACCGAUAUCGGAGCGACCUCCCUCACCGUCACUGAUAUCGGAGAGACCUCCGUCACUGUCACCGAUACCGGGGAUACCUCCAUCACUGUCACCGAUACCGUGGAGACCUCCCUCACUGUCACCAACACCGGGGAGACCUCCCUCACCGUCACCGAUGCCGGAGCGACCUCCCUCACCGUCACCGACACCGGGGAAACACCCCUCUCCAUCACCGAUACCGGGGAGACCUCCCUUACUGUCACCGAUACCGGGGAGACCUCCCUCACUGUCACCAACACCGGGGUGACCUCCCUCACCUUCACCGAUAUCGGAGUGACCUCCCUCACCGUCACCGACACCGGGGAGACCUCCCUCACUGUCACCAACACCGGGGUGACCUCCCUCACCUUCACCGAUAUCGGAGUGACCUCCCUCACCGUCACCGACACCGGGGAGACCUCCCUCACUGUCACCGAUACCGGGGAGACCUCCAUCACUGUCACCGAUACCGUGGAGACCUUCCUCACUGUCACCAACACCGGGGAGACCUCCCUCACCGUCACCGAUGCCGGGGAGACCUCCCUCACCGUCACCGAUACCGGGGAGACCUCCCUCACCGUCACCAAUACCGGGGAGACCUCCCUCACU